GAUAGUGUCAGAGGAGUUUCGAGUAAGGGAGAAAAAAAUAUGGCGAUGUUGAAGCAACAGGGCCAAUCACAGUUUGAAGAACGAUGGCCUACCAUGCGACCCACAGCUCUAAAGUUGUUACGUCAAGAGACGGUGACAAAGGCAGAGUGGCAGGACCUCUUCUGUGCGGUGCAUUCUGUUUGCCUUUGGGAUGAUAAAGGGCCACAGAAAAUGUAUAAAGCUUUACAAGACGAUAUCCUGGACUUCAUCAGACACGCGCAGGCUAGGGUAUUACAACAUCAGGAGGAUUCCUCUUUACUAAAGGCAUACAUUGCUGAAUGGGGGAAAUUUUUCACUCAGUGCGAUUAUCUUCCUAAACCAUUCAUGCAGCUAGUGACAUCACUGGCGGGAAAGCCCCAUGGAAGCGUUCAACAGAAAAAGACCCAAGGGGAGGAAAGCCUUGUCAGAAAGCUCAUGUUGGACAGCUGGAAUGAGAGUAUCUUCUCUAACAUCAAGCAGCGGCUACAAGACAGUGCCAUGAAACUUAUCUAUGCCGAGAGAAACGGAGAAGCGUUCGACUCUCAGCUCGUCAUUGGGGUCAGGGAGUCGUAUGUAAACCUGAGCUCGGAUGUCGAAGAUAAAUUAAAAAUCUACAGAGAAAACUUUGAGAAGGCGUAUUUAGAAGCCACAGAAAAAUUCUACAAGCUGAAAGCCCCUCUGUAUUUAGAGGCUAAUGGUGUUCAGAAUUACAUGAGAUAUGCAGACUGUAAACUAAAGGAAGAAGAAACACGAGCGUUGCGUUACUUAGAGACAGGAUGGGGAUGUAACUCGGUUGCUACGCUGACGGAGUGCUGUGUAAAUGUGCUGGUCACUGCAUUCAAGGAAACGAUACUCAAAGAAUGUGCUUCAAUGAUAAAAAACAAUGAAACUGAAAAGUUACGCCUGAUGUUUAGUCUGAUGGACAGAGUUCCUGAUGGCAUUACCCCCAUGUUACAUGACCUUGAGGCAUACAUAGUCAGUCAGGGUCUGGCAGACAUGAUCGCUGCAGCGGAAACCAUUACCAGUGACUCGGAGAAGUAUGUGGAACAGCUGCUGGAGUUGUUUAACAGAUUUAGUACUCUGGUCUACGACGCAUUUAAUGAUGACCCUCGAUUUCUGACUUCUAGAGACAAAGCCUAUAAAACUGUUGUGAAUGAUACGUCAGUUUUCCGAUUAGAAAUUCCUAUGAAAAACAAAGGCAUUGGUGCCAAAACUCAGCCCGAGUCUAAAUGUCCUGAACUCUUAGCUAACUACUGUGAUAUGCUACUGCGGAAAACACCACUUAGCAAGAAACUUACAUCGGAGGAAGUCGAAAAGAAACUAAGAGAUGUGCUCUUAGUUCUAAAGUAUGUACAGAACAAGGAUGUGUUCAUGAGGUACCACAAAGCCCAUUUAACAAGAAGACUAAUCUUAGACACGUCAGCAGACAAUGAGAAGGAGGAGAAUAUGGUGGAAUGGCUGAGGGAAGUUGGUAUGCCUGCUGAUUAUGUGAACAAACUGGCCAGAAUGUUCCAGGACAUCAAAGUCAGUGAUGAUCUCAACCAGGAGUUUAAAGACGCCCAUCGGAAUAACAACGAGGGCAUUGCGGACUCCAUCAACAUAAAGAUUCUCAAUGCGGGAGCAUGGGCACGGUCCAGUGAUCGGGUCACAGUGUCGCUGCCCAUGGAGCUAGAGGACUACAUACCACAAGUAGAGGAGUUCUACCGACUAAAACACAGCGGCCGCAAGUUACAGUGGCACCACCUUAUGUCCAACGGCAUUAUAACAUUUGGAAAUGAUAUAGGUCGGUUUGACCUAGAAGUUACGACAUUUCAAAUGGCAGUUUUGUUUGCCUGGAACCAAAGGCCGAAGGACAGGAUAUCUUACGAGAGUCUGAAGCUGGCGACAGAGCUACCGGACACAGAACUCAGGAGAACUCUCUGGUCACUAAUAGCAUUUCCAAAGAUUAAGCGUCAGCUGUUACUCUGUGAACCGGAGGCCAAGUCAGCCAAAGAUUUCGAUGAUGCUACUCAGUUCUGGGUCAAUCAAGAAUUUUCACUCAUUAAAAAUGGAAAGGUCCAGAAAAGAGGCAAGAUCAACUUAGUGGGACGGCUACAGCUCUCCACAGAGAAGAGUAAAGAAGAGGAUAACGAAGGAAUAAUGCAGUUACGAAUUCUCCGUGUUCAGGAAGCCAUUGUCAAAAUUAUGAAGAUGAGGAAGCGGAUCACCAACGCUGCUCUGCAAACAGAACUUGUAGAAAUAUUGCGCAAUAUGUUCCUUCCAUCUAAAAAACUAAUCAAAGAGCAGAUAGAGUGGCUGAUAGAGCACAAGUACAUGAAACGAGACGAGGAAAACAUUAACAUGUUCAUAUACAUGGCUUAAUUGUGAUAUCUAGGAAUUCCAGGGGGACGUUGCCAGGAAGCAUGACAGCACAAGUGUAUGCUGGGUUUAUGCUGCUGUUGUAGUCGAUGCGUUCGGAGGAGGAAGUGCUUCAUUUUCUGUAGGCACCGCAGGGUGAUUCUCCAGCAACUAGCAGUGAAAUUUAUCAACUUCACUCUCAUUGUUCAACUUUUCCUUUCAUUAAUUAUUUCAAGAUCUGACACUUAACAUACUUAAAUUCUGAGAAAGAUUCUAGAUUUUUUAUAUUAAAACACUCUUAGUAACAACUUUGUACACUCCUAUCAGAUUCAAGUGCAAGACUUUUCUCUCUCCACUUUAUAUGGAGAAUUCGUAUCGGAAUGUUAGUACAUAGAAAAAUUAUAUACAGUGACAUGCUGUGUGUAGUUCUACGUUUUGGAUGGAAGUCAUUGUGAGAGAAUGGUCACUCAUUUCAUGUGUGUGUGAUUUGUAGAGAUGGUUUUGAGUCCUUCAUGUAUGGAUACAUGGGCAGUGUGCUAUCUCCUAUGGGCUUUCACAAUUACAUUGAUAGCACAAUUCUUUGUUUUGUUGAACCCUCCUAACUGAUGGAACUCUCUAAGAACUUUCUUUUUUAAGAAAAAAGGUGACACAUGUUAUCUGUUUUUGAUGUAUGUACGUACUGUACGCAUCCUGACAAUGGGUGGGAGAAAUUCAGGAUACCUCUCUGGAAAUCAAUUCUCGUUUACAUUAUGUGUAUUUAUGAUUCUAAGCCUUAAAUCCAUUACACUGAAAUUAGAAUAUGUAACACUUAAAAUAACAAUCUUCUGGGUUUUAAUUUUUUUGAAGAACCAUUAAUAGUGAAAAACUCUGAAAAUUUUACCAAAUUCAUAGAGCUUUAAUGUUUACUGUUACAGUUUGAACAGAUACACUCACGAAUUUAAACCUCUCAUGAAAAAAGAAAAGUUAUCUUGCAAAAGUAGACCCCAGGGGCGCGUUUUACAAAAGAACUUAAGACUUACGACCAACUUUACAUACUGGAAUUUACCAGUUUAUUGUAAGAUCAUUCACCCCAAAUGCGACAUUUUAAAACAAAAAUGUUGAAAAUUAAGCCUUAGAAAAGUUUUACUUAAUUCAUUCAAAGUAAUAACUGUGUAAUAGAAUUUAAGACUUGAGGCUUUGUCGUAAGUUGUUUUGUAAAACAGGCCCCAGAGCUAUGUUGUCCAAAUCCAGGAAAAUUUCACCCUAGGCAUAAUUUGUCAGUGUAUGUACUGUAAUGAACUAUAUGCAGUAAGACUAGCAUAGGAAAUGUUUGUUCUAUGAUGUGUAUUAUUGUAUGCACUCCGACAAAUAUUUUGUAAAGGUUGCUAAUAAUAUGAUGAACUAAUUUUUACUACAUGUAUAUCUCUAUAAGGCAUCAGAACUACCAGAUAAUAUAUAGCUACACCUGUUUGGUCUUUUCUCCUCUCUAGAGUGCUGCCAAUAUCUCGUAAAAUCUUCACCCCUGGAAAACUCGGAGACAGUUCAAUGUUUUCAUACUCAAAAUUAGACCCCAUAACCUUGAAUAAACACAACACACAGAAUUCGAAAAAGUGAGAUGAGGUCCUCUUUUUCUCUGGCAUUCAGAAUUCCACAAUAUGCAUUGUUAUACAAUUAUUAAUCCUCCGUUGGUAUAAGGAACUGGCUUGUCGUCAGAAUUUAAAUAGUACCUGUAUUUGUAAUUGUGUACACUGCAGACUUUAAAUAAAAGUUGUUAUUUGUGCUUGAGUUGAAAUCAUGACAGUUGUUUUGAGUGAUGUUUUGUACAAGUAUGUGUGUGUGUGCGUGUUUGUUUGUCAGACAGGAAAGAAAGUGAAUGAUUUGUCCCAAACUACUGUACGUGAAUCUUUUGUGUAAUAAACCCAAAAUUCAGCUGA